AGUGAGAAAUAACUUUCCGAAAAUGAUUGCUAAGGUCGCCAUUGUUUUCACCAUUUUGGCAGCAGCCAAUGCAAGCGCCAUCUUGCAUGGACAUUCUGCAUUGAUCAGUACCAGUGUCAGCGCUAGUGCAAGAUCUCAAGAUGCUCACGGUAACUACGCUUUCGGCUAUGACAUCAAGGACGGAAAAGGUGCCACCAAUUCCCGAUCCGAGGUAGGAGACGGACAUGGCAACGUGAAGGGCUCCUACACCUUGGCCGACAUUGACGGACGGGCCAGGAAGGUCGAAUACGCCGCCGACGGACACGGAUUCAGAGCCGUCGUCAAGACCAACGAGCCCGGAACCGCCCACAGCGCCCCUGCUGCCGCCCUCAUCGCCAGCCCCUACGCCGGGGCCGUCGCCCCUGUCGUCAACCACGUAGCCCCUGCAGCCGCCGUCGUAGGACAUGCAGCCCCAUUGACUCAUGGUCUUGCAGGACACGGUCUUUUGGGUGCCCCAUUGGCCCAUAGCGCUUAUGGUCUUUCAGGACUAGGAUAUGGAGUUUUGGGACAUGGAUUGGUUGAACAAGGAGUUAUCGCUCACGGAGGUCUUCAGUAUGGUCUUAUGCAUUAAAUAUACUAAUUGAAUAGAUUUUACUCAAAAAUAGCGCUGUGAUAUCAAAACUACUCAGCAAUAGACGAUAUCUGCA